AUGAAACACGCAGAGGAACAACCACCGCCAGUCCGUGCCAAGCAGCGCCGUCUGGGCCGAAAUGCCAGAGAUGAUCAAGAUGGAGACGACACAACUUACAAGAGUUUGGCAUCUCAACCCCGUUUCAUGAGAACCCCGCCCGGUGGCCCCGUCCAUGCCCGGUACCGGUCCUCCGACCACAAUCACAUAGUGCCCGGCCAUCGCCGGCAGUCCGCCGCCAUCCCCUUGCAGUCGUCGCUGGCGUGGACCGACACCAUGUCCGCCCAGUCGCACACUCACAUGGUCGUCCACGCGUCGCAGUAG